AUUUGUCUCUUCAGUUCUGUUUGUUGUUCUUUUGAGUAAAUCACAUUCAUUGCUGAUUGAUAACAAAAAUUUAAUUUUAUCUGCUUUGUUGUGAAUUCCAUUAUAGUGUUCGCAGGCUAAAAGUGCAAUCCAUUUCAUAGACAUAAUUCUAAAUUAAAUUAAGAUAAACUAAAAAUUCGUGUACACACAUCAUCAUCAUCCGUUCACAAUCAUCAAAGCAUUUUUUUUUCAUUCGUCAACAGGCCGCCAUUUUUCUUUUGUCUAUUGCUUUAUAUGCAAAAUUUGCAAAUUAAAUUCAGCGUGGGCACCAAAAUAUUGGGAAUAAUACUUGUUCAACGUUGACAUUUUGUAUUGAUUCAACAGUGGAUUGAAAUUUUGAACAUUCAUUUGCAUACGAAUUUUGUUUUUUUUUUUGGUCGUGAUAAAAUAUCAGUGCGUUCAACUGUUAUGGAAAGUCCGAACGGCGUUAAUACAGCGAUGGGUGAUGUAGAAAAGCAACGAGAUCGUGGCCGACGAGGGGAACGUGGUACACGAUUUUCCGAUAACAAAGACAGUGAAUCCCGUGACAGAAGUCGCGAUAAAAUGGGUGGCAAUGGAAAACGUGUCUACGUUUCAAAUAUUCCAUACGAAUAUCGAUGGCAAGAUUUGAAAGAUCUCUUCCGUAGAAUGGUUGGUAACGUUGAAUAUGUGGAAAUGUUUACCGAUGAGAACGGCAAAGCGCGCGGUGUUGGAAUUGUUGAAUUCAAAGAUCCGGACAAUGUUGGUAAAGCAUUAGAAGUUAUGAAUCGUUAUGAUUUGAAUGGCCGUGAAUUGGUUGUCAAAGAAGAUCAUGGCGAAGAACGUGAUAAAUAUGGUCGAAUUGCACGCGGUGGCCAAAAUAUGGAUUCAUCCCGAGGUGGCGGCGGUGGUGGUGGUGCAGGUCCACGUCGCAAUCAAAAUCAAGGCAGAGAUCGUGACGACGAUCGUUACUUGUCGCACAGCAAUAGCAGUCAUGGUGGUAAGGGUAACAGCGGAUCGGGUAGCUAUAAUAAUUUUGAUCAGCAGCAAGAUUACAACACAUACGGAUUGAGUCCAUCGUUCUUAGCUAGUUUGAACAUAAUCGGCCCUUUGCAUACGAAAGUCUUUGUUGCCAAUUUGGACUACAAGGUUGAUGCAAAGAAAUUGAAACAGGUCUUUAAAUUAGCUGGCCAAGUAAUGGAUGUCGAAUUGUCGGUUGAUAAAGAUGGUAACAGUAGAGGUUUUGCUGUCGUUGAAUAUCAACAUCCGGUUGAAGCGGUUCAAGCAAUUUCAAUGCUUGACCAUCAGCUUCUCUUCGAUCGUCGCAUGACUGUUCGCAUGGAUAAAAUUACCAAAGAAAAAUUGCCUGAUGGUUUAGGUGGCAUUGGUAUGGGUUUGGGUCCAAAUGGUGAACCGUUGAGAAAUGUUGCAUUAAAUUUGCCAAGUCUUCAGAAUCAAAAUAAUCUUGGCGUCAGUUCAAAUAAUUCAAAUGCACCCGUUCCAGUUGCACCACCACCAUCAUCAUUUUCAUCUGCCGCAAAUGUUUUGAAUCAACAACAAAAUUCAAUGAAUAAUUUGGCCGCAUUGAACAAUGUUGUUGGCAAUUUGAAUAAUCUCAAUCCUAUAUUGUCGACAUUGGGUCUUGGUUCACUUGCAACAAAUUCAAAUGAUACGGCGAACAAUUCAGCACUUGAUAUCAAUAAAAUCGUUGGCGCCGGCUCAUCAUCGGGUAAUUCAGCAUUGAACGUUGGCGGUGGUAGUGGAAAUUUUUCAGGUCUUGGCGGCAUGGGCAGUGGCCUCAAUCAAUCAAAUCGCCUAGAAAAUACACUUUCAAAUCCAUACAGCAGCAAUACAUUCAAUACAUUGUCAUCAAAUCUUGGUCUUAAUUCAAAUGCAAACAGUGGAUUUGUAUCGAAUCAACGUGAUUUCGAUAUUGCUGGUUCGGUUCGCAAUUAUAAUUCACAAUCGGACGACUUUGGACGUUUACCAUCACAAAAUUUUGGCGCUUCCCUGGGCAAUGGGGCCGGCUCAAACAAUUCAAAUGUCGGCGGUAAUGUUCGAUCACAAAACAUCUCCGACACAAUUUUAAUCCGAAAUCUCCCACCAAAUUGCACGUGGCAAACAUUGCGCGAUGAAUUCCGAUCAUGUGGCGAAGUGAAGUUUGCCGAGAUUCGCGGACAAGACUGUGGUGUGGUUCGAUUUUCAAAGGAACGUGACGCCGAGUUGGCUAUAAAACUCAAAGACGGAUCACGUUUUGAUGGUCGCAAAGUUGAAGUUUCAUUCUUUUAACUGUAAUAAAAUACUCAUAUUUUGCAUCUCA